AUGGAAAAAGACAUAAUUAAUUUUCAUGACACCACGGAGGAUGCAACAAAGACACAUCAACCCACUAAAUGUCUUCGUAUCGCCACAGGAUUUUACAGUAUUAUGAGCUUGUUAUUUUUAGUUGAUAUUCUGAUUGUUGAAAUCACAAUUCUCAUAUUAUUUCAAAAAUCUGGCAGAUACGGAGGAAGCAGUAUCUUUAUGGCUGUGGUAACAUGCUUCACUGGCUGCUUAGCAGUUGCAUCAAUUCUGGGAAUUGUUGGAGCCUUUUUAUCUAACCGAAAAAUUAUCAUUUGGUUCGUCUCUUUUUCAAUCGUAUUCUUAGCUGCAGAAGCCGCUAUAAUAAUCGUUCUGCUUGCUAAACCUGACUUUGCCUUUCCAUACGCGGAGGAGCUUUUUCAAAACUACAUAGAUAGAGCUAAUGAAGGCGGUAAUAAUGAUACUUUUCAAGUGUCCUUGAUGUCUUCCAUGAGGAAGCUUCAAACGGAGUUGAAAUGCUGUGGAUUUGAUGGUCCUGAGGACUUCACAUAUGCCAUCUUAAGCUGUUGCCAAUUAGACACCUACUGUAAACUUGAGCGAUUGAAAGGAUGCAACGACAAGAUUCUGGCAGUGGUGGAACUUUUAAGUCGAACUAUUGAUGGACUUGAUCUUAUAAUCCUGACCAUUCAAAUUGUCUUUGUGACUUGUACGGUUAUCCUAAUUAAAAGGCUAUAG